CCUCCACCGCUUCACAGAGGCGCAGCUGAGGGAGAGAGUCAGAGAGAGAAGGCACAGCUCCACCACUCCAGACGCACACAGAGACAAGAGGGAGGGAGCUAGGGGGAAGAGAGCGAGAGAGAGAGAGCUGAAGGCAUGGAGGAGCAAAAGCACACAGACAAGAUUACAAGUACAAUUUUAUCCUCACUUUGUUAUCCACCUCUUCCAAAGGCAAAGGCAAAGCUCACCCUGUUGAAAUCAAAGGUUAUCUGCUGCAAGCUCUACAUUUCUGAAAGCCAGAAUGCGAAGGUUGUUGAUGCAAUCAGUCACAUUGUCCAGAAAGACCCUGAGGUUGUUUUGCUCAGCAAGUUCGAAGAUGACCACUAUAACCGUGUCCGUUACACGCUUGCUUCUUAUAUCGUCAACGACAGCUCAACUGGUGAAGUGAAGUUAAGUCCGAUGAGGCGAGUAUUGUUGGAGAUGACUGAGACGGCGUUUUCUACCAUAAACCUUGAAAUGCACACUGGAACUCACCCAAGGAUUGGUGUUGUUGAUGACAUGUCCUUCCACCCCUUGAAUCAAGCCACAAUGGAAGAUGCUGCUCAACUGGCUAAGAUGGUGGCUUCUGACAUUGGCAAUGGCUUACAAGUCCCAGUAUUCCUGUAUGGAGCAGCACACCCCACAGGCAAGUCUGCGACAGCAGUACGGCGCGGGCUCGGCUACUACCAGGCAAAUUACAUGGGCAUCCAAUGGACAGGUCAGGUACUGCCUGAUAUUCUACCAAUGAAACCAGAUGAGGGCCCAGAUCAUGUUUCUCGUGAAAGAGGAGCCAUGAUGAUUGGUGCUGCACCAUUACCUUUGAGCUAUAAUGUGCCUGUACUAUCAAAGGAUAUCCCAACUGUAAGAAGGAUCACCCGAAGGGUGACUGGUCGGGGUGGAGGAUUGCCGACGGUGCAGGCACUAGCCCUUUCCCAUGGUGACGAUUGCACAGAAAUUGCAUGCUUCAUGGAUCCAGAUCAUGUCAGUGCCGAUCAGGUUCAGCGGCAGGUAGAACAGAUAGCAGCAGAGCAAGGACUUGAGGUUGACAAGGGGUACUUCACUGACUUCACAAAGGAUAGGAUGCUUGAAAAAUACUUCGAGAUUGUGUUGGCUAUUGAUUGACAUGUGCAUACUCUUCUGUGGUUGAAUGCCAUGCACGCGUUGUGUUUUUUGCACAGCUAAUUCAUACCUGUGUAAUCAUGCAUGCAAACCAAUAACCAAUUCUAUCUAACGUUGUCUAUAUAGCAAAUUUCCUUUACAGGUUCCACCUUUGUCUGCAGCAUCUCUGCAGAAGAUGGUUUCUGGAAAACUUAAUCACCAGAGAACAUAUCUGAUAAUUGUAUGAGCUUGUUAUUUUGUUUUUUUUUCAGUGAUUAAGCCAUGGAAAAACAUUAUCUUCCAUGCCAACUUAAAAAUAUUUCGGGAAAAACUAAAUUUGUUACACAUUUCCUCUGGAAAGUUUGAAGGGAAAGAUAAUAUUCAGUUGUAAUGUUCAUCAUCCCCUUAUAGAAGACCAAAGAGAUAAGGUAUUGAGAAUAAUGACUACUGAAGGGGAAUGUAAAUGCAUAGAUAAUGUGCAGGUAUCAACAUGUGAUCCAAAUACCAAUAUCUAGAGAAAACACUCUAAAGCAUUGGUACUGAGUAGAAGUUAACAUAUUUACCUAUCAUCAGGGAAUUGCCUUCAGAUCAUAGGAUCAUGCAAAAAAGUAUAGAAAAAUAUCCAUGCCAUUUACUAUGUGCUUAAUAUUGUUUUCUUGAGCAUCAAUGGCAUAUAUGAGAAGGUUAUUUUCUGUUAGAAGGGCAUGCCAAUGUUUUUCUUAAGUCACAUUACAAAUGUUUGUGGGGACUGCAUCACACAGUUGAUGAAUAAAUAAAACUGAAGGUGAUUUAGAAUCUUUCCCUUAGAAACUUUUGAAUA